GAUUAUGGGUAGGGACGGUCAAACUCCCUGUCUUGGCCUUGGACUUGGCAGCUGUGUCAGUCUAACGCUGGGGGCAGAUGGCCGCCCUCUCAGGCGUCAGCUGUUCACAAGCACAGAUGACAGACUUACCGGUUGGACGCUCUCAGUGGGAAACCACACAGUUGAUGCAGAAACUCCGAACAAACUCUUGACUCAACGCUCCCUGUUUACAGGAAUUUAACAAGCUGACCAGGAUGCUUACGUCUCGCACAUUUAAAACCACUGCAGGUGCACACCAGGAAACAGUUUAAUGCAUGCUCUGGAUCCAGGAACUUCCUCUUUGGUUGGACUUCCAGCUUCCCUCCUUCAAUUAACAAAGCACAUUCAUGUCCAAAGCACAAAAGCAACAAUCCUCCAUGAUGGCAGUGUCUUCACUCUACAUUACAGAGGAGCCUGGAGCUGGAAUCACUGAACUGGAUAUAUGUGUUCUUAACAAUAAUGUGCAAUAUGAAGCCAUCCCGUCUGUCGUAUGCUCCGUCUGCCUUUCAUUCGGCCUCAUCUACUGCUUUUUUGGCUAUCGUUGCUUCAAGAUGGUCAUGUUCUUCUCCGGUUUCAUGUUUGCCUCAUCUGCCGUGCUCCUGUUCUACCACAAGGAACCAGACUUCACGGGUCAGUUGAGAGAGGACGCCAAGGCGGGCAUCGGGCUGGGAGUCGGCGUGCUUUGUGGACUGUUUACCGCGCUGGUGUCCACGCUGGGACUCCUCCUCUGUGGCCUGCAGCUCGGUAGCCUCCUCUCUCUGUCCAUGCUGGUGAUUGUGGGACAGUUUCACAGCCUUACUCCAGUGUGGGUGCCUCUUUGUGCGGUACUGGCUGUCAGCAUCGCGUCUGCUGUGUUCACGCUGCAGUGGCAGAGGUUGUUCAGCAUCUUCUACACGUCUGUGUUUGGAGCUACGACCGUGAUGCUGUGCGCGGACUACAUGGUGGGCGCGUUUGUGCUGCCGCAUAAAGUGUAUGACGUGUUUUGUGAAGCGGCUCCGCGACCCUUCUGCUGGUUUAACUGGGCAAUCACUGGGAUCUGUCCUGUUUUGAGCACCGUAGGCGUGUUGGUGCAGUGGUGGUUUACUGCGAGAGGAGUUUCACACUUUGAAGGUGCAAAUAAAAAACAGAAAAAAUAUGGAACGAAGCAGCAAAGUAGAGAAGGAAGGAGACGACCCCGGCCAUAUCGUCAGCGCAGGCCUCCGCCUCUGAAGCGAUACGCUGGAGAUGUCCUCGCGCCAAGUUAUCUCCACAAACUCCAAGAGCGUCAACUGGGCACCGGCUCCUCCACCAGCAGCGUCAGCACCAUCACACACACCCUGAUCGACUUCAACUUCGAGACGGGCUCCAUGGUGCCUCUUACCUCCGCCUCCCCCAUCUUCACAGUCUGAAGGAACACAGAUAACCCAAAGAGCAAAUCUCUGGGAAAGUAACUUUGAACUGUUUACUUUCACAAAACAUGUUCAGAUAUUUCAGUUUCUGCCUUGGGUUUUCUUCACAAGCUUCAUUGGACAAUUGUCGUCUUUCCUGAUUGUUAAAUUACAUUUUUUAUU